UCCGGGGACGAGCGCGCGCUUCGUUCACCACAGUAGUAAUCCGUAUGUUACAAUACGAUAUUGCACAUCGGUGGGAAUCGUUGCGCGACCACGUCGAAAGUUUGUGAAAAAUCUAACAAAAACGCGGUUUAACGCGCCAGCGCGACUGCCUUCAAUCCGUAUCCAGCACUGCAGUACACCGCGGUGUAAUAUUCUACACGGGCAUACGAAAAACUCCAUCAUUAUGGCGACGAGCGUUAUCAUUCUGUACAUUGCUUUGGUACCCGCCUGUGCCAUCGCGUUUGGAAAGUACUCAGGAAAUACAAAAGACUCUGAAUACAUGCGAAGUAAACUCUUAGAAAACGUCAUUAGUCAAUUAGAAAAAGACAUUGUGAAGUCGGAGAUGGACAGUAAGUAUGUACAAUUUGGUAGGAUAAAGACAACUGAACAGGAACCCAAGGACACGACCGAUUACGAAGAUGAAGUGGAUGAGACCAACAUUGUGCCAUCAAUUAGGGACAAUGAAUACAUGCAACACAGUACAUUGUGGGGUGCACAAUACAUGAGCGGAGGUGCUGGCGAAGGAGUUCAAACAUUAAAUCCUGAAAAUCCAGUGAGGAACAAAAACGAAGUUAAAACUGAUGCUGCAUUACCAGCUUACUGCAACCCUCCAAACCCAUGUCCAGUAGGAUACACAGAGGAAGAUGGAUGUAUAACAGACUUUGAGAAUACAGCAGCAUUUAGCCGUGAGUACCAAGAAUCGCAAGAAUGUAUGUGUGAUUCUGAACACAUGUUUGAUUGUGCAAGAUCAAGUACCAGUACCAAACAUGGUGUUGACGUGGACGAACUAGUAAGAAAAUUUCAGGUAGAGGAUGAACAUAAAAAUUUGGUAGCAAAAAAAUUCCAUGUUAAAAAGGCUUUCAACCCAUACUUACAAGGUGAAUUUUUACCAAUAGCAGCAAAAAAAGGAAUUAACAUAGGAUUUUAACAUAUCUUAAUCCAAAUGACCAAUUAUUUAUUCAUUCUACAUUAGAGAAUUCUACUGAAAAUGUAAAAAAAAAAAAAAAAGAACAUACAUUUAUUUC